AUGACAACAGAGACAAUAGAGAAGAAGAACAACGUACAAAGGGAACACCAGCAACCAAGCUGCCAAGAUCGAGAUGAUCAUUCUCCCAAACCCGAGCCUGUAGGCUUUUCUAGGGCACAGGAACAGUUACUGGUCAGUUCAUUCAUAAGAGUUAAGAAGGCGUGUAAUAUGGAGUAUUCGACUGGUGAUAUCGCAGCAGCCAGGAGCUUGCAGUUCGUUACGCGGACGUUUUUACUUCGAUCGCACCGGCGCAAAAUGAAAGGCCUGUAUAUUGUCACACGAUACCUCCCCUUUGUCCUUUUCGCCAUGGAUCUAUAUAGGAGUUUUAUCCCGAAUGGGAACCUAGGUAAUCUUCUGGCGUUCCAAGACAACUCAAACAUUCUGUCCACUUUCACAGAUGCAACUAGUACAAUCCCGGGAAUCACAAGGUGCUACCGGAGUUCAACCAGUUACCGGCUCUUCAUACCAUUCCUUCUCCUUUCUGUGUUCGAACUGGAGCUGGCGGACAAACCAAAGCCGUCUCAUGCGGUUUUCUCAUCUACGAUCAUUCUGAUUUCUGAAGUGUUCUCGGUAACGAACGUCGUCACAGUGCUGCUCCUUCAGUUCAGGCCGAAUUCCCUUCCUAGUCCGAGCUCCGUCUAA